GCAGCAGCAGCAUGGUUGUUAUAUUUCCCAAAAUGAAUUUAGGCUACAGUCCUUGUGCCUUCCAUUCGAAAGUUAUUCGAAUGAUUAUCUUUCAGAAAGGACCGUAGUUGUUUUUCACACCACACAUAUUGCUGGUGCAUAGUUUUUGAACCCUUCCACAGUAUUAGUAGCAUAUGCUAAAACAAGUCAUCUGAAUUAUAAACAUGAAAAAUUAGAAAUCGCGGUGUUCUACCCCACCCUCUCUGGGCGUAGCCUACACCAACCUGCAAGAACGUCAAAUGCAGGCAUUCCAGUACAUCGCUUUGGGAGCCACCGCGAUUAGCUUUUGGUUAUUAUACAUUUCCCAAAGACACAAUUACAAUACAACAGUAUUCUAAAAUAUACAUUUUAUACAAUGCAUGUAUGGCUACAAUAGAAACCUAAUUUAUAUUCUUAAAUAGAGCGCGGAUAGUCACAAAAGUGAUGUAUAAACGCGUAAUGACAUUGGCUUCCACCUCGCUAUCAAAUCAAAUAUUCAAGCUGCGUUUUGCGCUACUUUUUGCAUUUAAUGCGUUGAUUGCGCACUAUUGCUUUAAAAAUGCGAGGAUGCGCGUUGUCUGUUACUCGCAAUUCACUGUCAUGUGGUCAAACCUCUCCAAUUCCAUUGGUUGGAGGCACGUGUCUAGGAUACGGGAGUGCGACGUCACUGGGGGCUCGUAUUAAAAAUAAGAACAAAAAUCCGGAGUGAAAGUAUUUCGGGAGCAGUUAGAAGCUCUUUUAUAUCGCAUCGGCGCUGCUAUUGGAGCCCUGGUAGUGGACUGACGCAGAGAUCGGAUCAUACCAAACGGGCUCCACGUCUGGCAAAAAGUGUUUCCCACCUGCCACUGUAAGUAAAGGACAGCGAACAAGGGGACAAAGGAGCAAAACUAUGAUUUUCCUUUGUGUUUACGACAUGAAAGGGCUAUUUGGGGUCCCCAAUAUCCACUGAUAUUUCAGCAUAAUUUUUAACUAUUCCUAAAUAUAUUGCAAAGUGAUCCGAAGCUCUCCAGAAGUGGAUUGUGAGUGACUGUGUCCGGGAGAGCGAUAAAAGGGUUAAGGGCAGAGAGUGGAAAGUGUAUCAGUAUGGAAGAGAAUGAGCAGAGUAGAGAAGCGGAGCGUCAAGGGUCGGCUGACGAGUCGAAUAGGGGGAUCCUUCCACUUCUGCAAGCACCGGGAAACCUGCAACUCCCGCAUCGAAUCACCAACUUCUUUAUCGACAACAUCUUACGUCCUGACUUUGGACGGCGAAAAGAAGCGAACAUUACGCGCGAUGAAAGCAACCUCACAAGUCGAGAGAACCAUAGCCCGACGACUCCAGGAGUGGGGCAGGUGGGGAGUACCGUGCCAGCAGAGGGAACCUCCACGCCUCAUCCGGGCGCAGGGGGGAAGAAGGCAGAGAUAGCGACCGAGGAACAGCUGAAGUCCCGUGGUGAGAGUGGAGACCAGUGCCUGAGUUCGGACUCGGAUAGUUCUCAUGCCAGCACAACCUUACCUAACAGCGCGCCUAUGCUUUGGCCGGCUUGGGUGUACUGUACCCGUUACUCGGAUAGGCCCUCGUCAGGUCCUCGAUCUCGUAAACCAAAGAAGAAAACCCCCAGCAAAGAGGACAAGCGACCACGCACAGCCUUCACGGCAGAGCAGCUCCAGAGACUUAAGGCCGAGUUCCAAACCAACCGGUACCUGACCGAACAGCGAAGACAGAGCCUGGCUCAAGAACUCGGCCUCAAUGAGUCUCAGAUCAAAAUCUGGUUCCAGAACAAACGGGCCAAAAUCAAGAAAGCCACCGGCUCUAAGAAUUCUCUGGCCUUACAUCUCAUGGCGCAGGGACUGUACAAUCACUCCACCACAUCAAAGGACGACAAAUCAGACAGAGACAGCGACUAAGACAGAAAAAAUAUAUCGUUAUGAUUACAAUGCAAUAAUUUCUAAAAAAAAAAAAAAAAAGGAAAAGAAAGUAAAUAAGGGCCAGUGUAUAAAAAUACCAGCAUUAACUGAAUCUAAGAAGAUUACUAUCAAAUACAUAUCUGUUAUUACAUACAUAUAAACGUGAUUUAUUACAUAAAUGUACAAAAGUUAAAUAUCUAUAUAUGUCAUAUAACAUGGCAUUUUCCUUCUGAGUAAGUGGGCCUACAUGCUUCGUGAGAGAGAAACCGUGUCUCUAGACGUUUUGUAUCGUUAACAUAUUGUCAGGUACAUCCAGUGCGUUCGACUGAUAAGCUUACUCGACCAUUACAUGUCAGCAACAUGAAAACAUCUCGCUUAAGUCCAAAGAAUCCUUUUUCUGCUGCAUCCAGGCAACUGUGAAUAUGAAUAAAUAGCUAAGAAGA